GUCGCGAUUGCAGUGUGGAUCAAUACUCUUUGAAACGGAGGAGCUCCGUGUGCGCUUUUUUUUGGCUUUAAACACUGAAAUAGAGAAUCUCAUUUUCCCCCAAUGUCUAUGGGUGUGCGUGUAUGUGUGUGUAUUUGAUUGAAAAGGAAGAAAAUGCUCUGCCACUUUUUCGGGGGUAGACAUGAUUGUCCUUCAUCGGUUAGAGAAAUGUGAAGGAAUUUUACACAAAAAAAUCCAAGGAAUCCCAAAAAGAAAAAAUCACAGUGCAAUUGUUUAAACAAAUGAAAAAGUGAAAAAGGUUAAUAAUACCAAAUCAAUGAAAAAGGAUAGCAAGUAUAUGAAACCCAAGGAUUUAAGUGCUUGAAAAAAUAUUAUGUAAAUUUGCUACCAAACAAUAUGAAAAGAAAAUCGCGCAAAAUUUACUAUAACCAACAAAGUUGUGUUGUUGCCAUCAAAUAACAAAAUAACAGUACCACCAAAGCAACAACAACAGCAAAAACGUCAACUACAAUACAAACAAAAUGUUCACGGGAAACAAGGCAAGCCGUUAAACUGACAGCAUAAAAGAGAGAAACAACAACAGUAAGCGAAUCACGAAAGCAAUUUGAUCAAAUUGAAGGCAAAAACGAAAACAACCAUAAAACGGUAAUUUAACUACAAAAAUAAAACAAAUGGUCAUGAGACCAUGUUAGCCAUUUAAUAGAACAAAAACAAAAAAAAAAUACAACCCGAGACAGGAGCAUUAAAAAGUAAAUAAUUCGAAGGGAAUUAAAUGAAUGGUUUUUCAUUUGAUUCGAAUCUAAAAUUGCAGUGCAUGCAUGUCCUCCUAGGCCAAUCACAAUUAUAGUGCAGACAAUAAAAACGACACCAACAACAAAAACAUUAGAAACUGGAACAUGAAAUGUAAAUACAAAACCCACUAAAGCAAAAGGAAGGCUACAUAGAAGCUCCACCGCUGCCUUCAGCACUACCGCCAUCACCACCACGAAUCGUUAAAUCACACAAAAUCAUUAUUCCCGAUUUACAAUUCGAUUCAGCAGUCACUUCAAUUUGUUGCUAAGCUGCUUGCGGUGUGGUUUGCUUCCAACAAGGCUCGAAACACGCAAACAACCGUGCGGGAGGAGUAGUAAAGGCCUUUAGGGUUGUCUCCCCACACAAGAGACGCCAGAGGCCAAUCAAAUAUCAUCGUAGCAAAAUUCCCCCAAAACAUAUCAGAAGAUACCAAUCAACUUCUAUUUAACCCUGCCUAGAGUUCCAACAAAAAAAAAAAAAAAUAAAAUAAAUAAAAACUAUCUAAAUUACCUAUGCACCCAAUAUAAAUAGAAGUUAAACUCAACAUCAACAACAACAGAGUGGGAAAGAAGGUAGCGGGUAAAAACGAUUUCCCUUGAAGUACAGCAGCAAAAUGGUGGCAAGCGAGGUAAAGCCAUCCGUUGUUUUUCCAGUCGUCGAACGAGGUCACAGAAACCAAUCAAGAAGAAAAGCAGCGCUAUUAGGGCCACCAUCAGCAGAACCAUCAUCGAAAGUCACAAUCAUCAGCAAUACAUCAACAGCAACAGCCAUCCAAAUGACAUCGACUUCGACAUCUACAUCCACAUCCCUGGUGUCGUUGCCUUCAUUGCCAUUAGCAUUACAUUCGCCCAUCGACAGCAGCUUCAGCAUAAGCAACAGCAAAUCAACAAUUCCAAAGUCUUCAUCACCCGUUUCGUGUAAUCCAUUAUCAAAACAAGAUAACAACAGGCCUCAGAGUCUAAGCCACAAAAUUGACACCAACAGCACUACCACCACGACGAAUAGUUUUGACCGCUGCCGUGUUAGUUGCAGUUCUUUUAAUCGCCUGCAAUCCCUAUUCAUGAUUUCUCUGUUGGCCUUAAUCCUGUCCUGCUGUUGUUUAACAACAUCGGCCGCCUUUCAGUUGGAUGGUUCGCAGAGUUCGUUUGCCCAAUUUCGCAAAUGGUAUGUCGGCCUUAAUGGUUCACUCGAAUUGGAAUUUAAAACUGAGCAACCCAAUGGUCUGGUCUUGUAUUCGGAUGAUGGUGGCACCUAUGAUUUCUUCGAAUUGAAACUGGUCGAGGGCGCUCUACGGCUGCGAUAUAAUUUGGGUGGUGGAGCUCAGAUUAUAACAGUGGGUCGUGAUCUCCAUGACGGUCAUUGGCACAAAGUUCAGGUUAUACGAAAUGAUGAACAGACCUCAUUAAUUGUCGAUGGCGUCUCCCAGAGUCGCACCACCAAGGGCAAAGAGUUUCAAUUCGGAAAAUUCGCCACGAAUUCCGAUGUGUACGUUGGUGGCAUGCCCAAUUGGUAUAGCACCAAGUUAGCAUUGCUUGCACUGCCCAGUGUUAUAUUCGAGCCAAGAUUUCGUGGAUCCAUAAGAAAUCUUGUUUAUGCCGAUCAACCGGGUGGUCAAACGCGUCGCCAAGAGAUGAAACAGCCACGCGACAUCAAGUGUGGCGAUGGACCCUGCGACCAUGGCGAAAUGCCCAAAGAGAAGGUGACACGAAAUUUGCGUGGCAGCAAUACCACCGACGCGUGUGAGCGACACGACCCCUGCCAGCACGGUGGCAUAUGUAUAUCAACUGAUUCCGGCCCCAUCUGCGAGUGCAGAAAUCUAGAGUACGAUGGACAAUAUUGUGAAAAAGAAAAGGCCCCCUCAGAGGCGACUUUUCGCGGUACACAGUUCCUCUCAUAUGAUCUUGGUCAAACCGGUGCUGAACCUAUUGUCAGUGCCCAAGAUGCCAUUACAUUGUAUUUUCGCACCCGGCAACCAAAUGGUCUACUUUUUUAUACAGGACACGGCACUGAUUACUUAAAUUUGGCUUUGCGUGAUGGUGGCGUUUCCUUGACCAUGGGCUUGGCCAACGGCAAGCAGGAAAUGCACAUUAAACCCUCCAAAGUACGCUUCGAUGAUCAUCAAUGGCACAAGGUUACCGUGCACAGACGUAUCCAGGAGAUUUCAUCCAUUACCAGCUUUUGUCGUCUUGUCACUGUUGUCGACGAUGUCUAUACGGACCACUCACACAUCGCUGGAAAAUUCACAAUGCUCUCCUCAUCCCGUGUCUAUGUGGGUGGUGCUGUAAACCCACGAGCCUUACUAGGUGCCAGAGUUCAUAACAACUUUGUUGGAUGUCUGAGAAAGGUUGAAUUCUCUGCUGAUACGUUGCUGUUAAACCUCAUCGAUUUGGCCAAGAGUGGUUCGAAACUUAUACAAGUGGCUGGUAAUGUGGAGUAUCAAUGCCCUAUAGGCGAUCCGCAGGAUCCGGUGACGUUCACCACCAGGGAAUCACAUUUGGUUUUGCCGCCCUGGGAAACGGGCAAACAAAGCUCCAUAGGAUUUAAGUUCCGCACCAAAGAACCCAAUGGUUUGAUUAUAAUGGCGACAGGCUCCAAGCAACCCAGAUCGAAAAAUCCUGUUUUAUUUGCUAUCGAAUUGCUGAAUGGUCACAUUUACAUUCACUUGGAUUUGGGUUCUGGCGCUGCCAAAGUUCGUGGCUCUCGCCGCCGAGUAGAUGAUGGCGAUUGGCAUGAUUUCAUUUUGAGACGUAAUGGCCGUGAUGCAAAAGUCAGUGUCGACGGGGUAUGGAAUGAUUUCCGCACUCCGGGAGAAGGCACUAUUUUGGAAUUGGAUGGCCAUAUGUAUGUGGGCGGUACGGGGCCCGCCUAUGCCAGUGCCAAUUGGCCGCCAGCUAUUUGGACGGCGACAUUGCGUCAGGGUUUCGUGGGCUGUUUAAGGGACUUGGUGUUGAGUGGCAAGCCAAUCGACAUAGCAGCAUUUGCCAGGCUACAGGAUUCCGCUUCAGUUAAACCAUCGUGCCAUGUACAAGCCAAUGUUUGUGCUGGCAACCCUUGCUUGAAUGGCGGAACUUGCGUCGAAGGCUGGAAUAGACCUAUCUGUGAUUGUACUUCAACCUUGUACUAUGGGCCCACAUGCGGACGCGAAUCGGCCACGUUGGUUUUCAAUGGUACUCAACACAUGACCGUAUGGCUGGGCAAUGGUCAGGGGACCAAAACACAAACGGAGGAGUUAUUGCUACGCUUUAAAACUGGGAGACCAACUGGCCUCCUGCUAAUGACCAGCGCCGAAUCGAACUCGCCAGAUAGGCUGGAAAUAGCCUUGGUCGCCGGACGUAUACGUGCCAGUGUUAGACUGAGCGAUCGGGAAAAGAAUCUUUUGGCCGGUCAAUCGGUUUUGAAUGACAACAACUGGCACACCAUACGUUUCUCGAGGCGUGCCUCGAAUCUGCGUCUACAAGUUGACGGGGCUCCCCCUGUCAGGGGUAUGUUAUCGGAGACCAUCUUGGGACGCCACAGUACCAUUGAGAUACGUUCGAUACACUUGGGCGGCCUAUUUCAUGCCGAAGAAGAGAUUCAAAUGACCUCAACCAUGCCGAAUUUUAUUGGACAAAUGCAAGGAUUCAUAUUCAAUGGCCAAAGAUACAUCGAUAUUGUUAAAAGUUUGGGUCCGGAACUUUCGGCAUUACCUAGCGCCACCUUUAAACUAACUGCCCGAUUCGUCAACUCCCCACCAGGAAAUCCAUAUCAUGCCGCCACGUUCCGUUCCAAACACUCCUAUGUGGGACUGCCAAUGCUGAAAGCAUAUUCGACCAUAUCAGUAGAUUUCCGCUUUAAAACCGUAGAGCCCAAUGGACUUUUACUUUACAAUGGAGGCCGGCGCAAUGAUUUUGUUGCUGUCGAAUUGGUCAAUGGUCACAUUCAUUAUACGUUCGAUUUGGGCGAUGGCCCCAUAACGAUGCGCGACAAGACCCGCAUCCAUAUGAACGACAAUCGGUGGCAUCAAGUCAGCAUAAGGAGACCUGGUCCGAAGACGCAUACGUUGGCCGUAGACGAUUCCUUUGAAAUUAUUACGCUCUCGGGCAACAGUAUGCACCUGGAGUUGUCGGGCAUUCUGUAUAUAGGUGGUGUUUUCAAGGAUAUGUACUCGAAGUUGCCGGCAUCGAUAUCAUCUAGAUCCGGCUUUGAGGGUUGUAUUUCUUCACUCGAUCUGGGCGACACAUCACCAUCACUGACAAAUGACGCUGUAGUACCGAGCUCGCUUGUUGUGUCCGGUUGCGAGGGCCCAACAAAAUGUAGCCAAAAUGCAUGUGCGAACAGAGGCGUUUGUGUGCAGCAGUGGAAUGCGUAUGCCUGCGAGUGUGAUAUGACUUCGUAUACAGGACCAACUUGUUACGAUGAAUCAAUUGCCUAUGAAUUCGGCAAUAACAAGGGCAUUAUCCAAUAUACUUUCCCUGAAAAUGCCCAGGCGGAUACGGAGGAGGACAAUAUAGCUUUGGGUUUCAUAACCACCAAGUCUGACGCUGUGUUGUUGCGUAUUGAGAGUGCUACCACCCAGGAUUACAUGGAAUUGGAAAUAGUCGAGGGCAACAUUUUCAUGUGCUACAAUGUGGGCACCAGAGAUUUGCCCUUGGGAGAGAUUGGCACCAAGGUCAAUGAUAAUACCUAUCAUGUGGUACGAUUCAGUAGAAAAGGAGGAAAUGCGACACUACAACUGGAUGAUUACAAUGUUCAAACCUUAACACCCCAAGUCCAUCAGUCGACGGUUUUCAAUACAAUCUCCAAUAUACAAGUCGGAGGAAAAUUCAGUCGGUCGGGACGUUCUCGCAUCGAACGCCCCUUUGCGGGUGUCAUUGCCGGCCUCACGGUGAACAAAUUGCGCGUCUUGGAUCUGGCUGUGGAGCGUGACCCCCACAUAACCAUACGUGGAGAUGUUCAAUUGGUAACUGGAGUAUUAGAUAGAAAUGAUCUGCAAAGAAUGCAGCAGACACCGGCCAGUGGCUAUCCGGGAGCUAUUGACGAUUUGAUCUUCUCUGGCGCUGGUUCAGGUUGCCGCGAUGAUGACGAGGACGAGUGCACUCCACCCUUCGAGUCAAGUGGCGAUGACCUCAUUACCCCCGUCUAUGUGCCACCCACCAAACAGACAACAAUGCCACAAAAUGUCAGCACGGACAAAACGAACGGCACAGAGCGUGCCUGUGACGAUGAGGACUGUAUACACGGCUCUGGAGAUUAUGGCGAGACCACAGAACAGUUCACUUCAACGAGCACAGCCAAGGGCGCAGAGACCCACAGCGAUGUGACCACCGACAGCGUAACCCGACGUCAGGAUUCGACAACAGAACAGCAGACUACCACCACAAUCAGUCAGACAACGCCACAACAAACGACAGCUCUAAGCACUGUGGUGACCACAAGCCAGACUUCACCACCAACAACAGUGUUGACAACCUCGACGCAACGCACAACAAGUACCAGCACAACAACAAUGGCCACAACAACCACCACCACAACGGCAGCUACACCCACGCCUGAGAUACGGACAACGGCCACCGAAAGAGAUACCACCACAUACGACGUUGUGCAUGUCUUUAAGUCUGAUGACAAAAGUGAAAACUCGAAUAUGGUCUAUCCACAAAUACCUGAGGAUCGUCUGCCUCCUCCUCCACCCCCACCCAUACACGAUACCGAGGGCGGUUUGCCCUAUUUCCCCCUGCCGCCACAAACACCGCCAUAUGGCAACAACAACUAUCGACCCAAGGGCAAAGGCGGCCGUAUCAAUUCCAUCGAGGAGGAGCGCACAGCCAUGAUCAUUGGCAUAGUGGCCGGUAUCCUGAUUGCUGUAAUUUUAGUUAUUUUACUGGUUUUAUGGUUAAAAUCCAAUGGGGAUCGUAACUAUAAAACUGCUGGUGAAAAAACUAUUUACGGUACCCACAAUCCUAAUGCCUCACUACUGGGCAAUACGAGCACCAAUGGCUCCUAUCACCAACAGCGACAGCAGUCGUCCAGCAAUCACCUGCAAACGACGCAGGACACCCGUUCACGUUCUCACUCUGGCAUUGCCAUGCGCAACAAUGGCAACGCCGACAUGUGCGGACGAUCGCAGCCGAUGCGAGUCGAACGUGUCUAUCACGAUUCGACGGACCAUAGCGAAGGCGAAGAUCGUCCCGGUCUGGUGAAAACGAAAAAACGCGAUUCCAAAGAUGUCAAAGAGUGGUAUGUGUAAAUGGACCACUGCCCCGACGGUUAGUCCCACCUAUAACUCUUUUCUUUGGAAUGCCGGGAGGGAAGGCGAGUGUAAACGAACGUCAAAUUAGCAAUAAAAAUAAAACACAAUAGAUACAAAACUAGCAAAAAAGAAGUAUAGAUAUGAAAUGAAGCGAUAGCGAUAACGAUAACCCAAAAAAAGUAAAUGUGUCCUUGUUGUCCAAUUACUAGUCAAUAACAUUCGGUUCAGGUAGGGUCGGGUCGGGUCGGGUCGGGUCGGGUGUAUACAUAUUUAGCGCAAUACAUAAGCAAACAAACGAGAAGAUAAGUGAAAAGAGAUGAAACGUACUCACACAUACCUAGCCUAGUUGAUUUAGGACGGCCUUGGCCAAAGCUCUAAAAUAAUAAAAAAUAUUAAAACACAUCUAUGCAAGAAAAAGAUAUUUAAAACUAAAUGGAUAACAAGCAAACAUCAGUUAAUGUACAAAUAACUCAUUAAGAUGCAAUGAAAAUGAUAAUAAUUGGAAAGCAUUUCAUCAAGGCAGCCAGUCCAGUGGGAGGGCGAAUUGUAGAGGCUUUAAAAUCUUUAUGGGGCAAAGAUCAUACUAGAGCUUAAAUUACGGCAUUUAUGUAAACUGAGUGUGACUUGUGACUUAAAAAUCGGCUUGUUUGCUUUUGUUUACUAAAAUUUAGUAAAAUUGAGUUCAAUUUAAAUUAGAGAUUAUUAGGCCUACAAUAAAUUAGUAAUAGAUUUGUUUUUCGUUUGCCAAAGUUGUGGAAGUACAACACCCGGGAAUAGCCCUGACAUUGGAUAUUGUCUUUUUGUUUUUGAGUUGGCAACUCUGUUAGCUCUCUCUUUUUCACUGCUGGUUUGAUGAGAUGUUUUCCAAAAAACCUCCCUUCAAAUAUUUUCCGUUUGUUAAUGUAACAAAGAAAAAAGAGAAAAAGAAUUUUAAUCAAUCAUAUGCAAAAACAACCAAACUAUUCUUAAUAUCAAAGAACCAGUAAUUAAAAAAAAAAAAAAACAACCAAAAACAACAGUUAAACAUACAGACAAAUAUAGACCACAAGCUAAUAACGGGGAGAUGGAAAUCCAGAGAAGAGUUUUAACAGUGUAUCCGUGUCAUGAAUGUAAGAUGGAUUUAUUGGACAUUUUAAAGGCUUUUACACACUGAGAGCUUUAUUUCUCAAUGUCCCGUUAACAAAUGCCGUCCUCAUAAGAACGAUCAGCUGACAAACACACAUUGUAAUCGAUUACAAUGUAGUCCAUGUUUAUCUCGAACGAGGCCUCAAGUCAAGUCUGUGAUUUUCAAGAUUUCUUCCCGAGUAUGCAUUUGUACACCAGUUCAAAUAGGAGAAGGGCUAGUAUAUAAUCAUUUUCUAAUAUGAGUUGAUACACUCAGAGAAAAUAGUUUGCUGAUAUCAUCAAAUACUGCAUGCUGACUUUUAAUUAAAAAUGUUAAACUUUUUAAUGAAGAAAAUUAUCCAAUUCUAGAGUGUCGGAAUAUAUAUUCGCUAUACGUUUGCCGUUAACGUUAAAAUAUAAAAAUGUUAAAAUAAGUAUUUCUGAAAAUUGUUGGCUACUUUCAACUUUUGCCAUCGGAGAACAGCAGAGAAUAUUUGCUGUGUUAGCAAAAAAUUACACCUGUCCCAUUUUAGCAGAUUUACUGUGAUUUACUCAAAUUUCUCUUUUUUUUCACCAACAAAUUUCUCUGGGUGUACUGUCCGUCUGUUGCAUUUACUGUCCGAUUACCAGCAGAUUUUGAACAUGCACCAACAAGAACGUUGUUGAUAUUUUAUAUUGCCAAUUUUGGUACGAUCUUUGCUAAUUUUCGAAGUACAUAUAUGUUUUAACUGAUGUCCGAACGCUUGUGCAGGUUUUUUCAAAAUCUUCUCAAGAUUCAAUUCUCAAUACGUUAGCAAAAUUUUUUGGUGUUUUUGGCAACGAGGGCAAAGCGAACUUGCAUUCUCCCAGAUUUUAAAGCCUCUGGCACAUGUAAGUCAGUCUGUUCUGCACCUGCCUCGAAUAUCUCCAAUGUCUGAUGCCCAUAGAGGGGGUAUCUGUAGCUAUUUGCGACAAGCAAAGGCAAAUGCAGGUUUAAGAAGCCGCUUACACCACUGUAGUCACACAGACUUUUUGCUUACUAAUGUUAUCUCCCUUCAAAAUACUUGCAUAGUAUACUCAUCCUUUUCGAACUGUCCCAGGACCUAACCUACGGUGUUAGAAUGGUGGCAAUUCGUCACCUCGAGCGAAAAACCCGUCUUCCUUGUAAGGCGACGAGAACUGGGACCGGGUUUAAGACCUGUUCCAUUUCCCUUAGGGAAGGAAACACUAAAGAUACGAAUCCAUUUCUAACUCUAUCCGAUUUCCUCUCCACCCUGUUGUAAUGAAAAAGAAAACCACUUUACUUACAUUUAAUGUACUAAAACCAAAGGAUAAAAUGAUUACUUUAAAUAGCUUUUAGGCUUCAAAAUCCCUUUCCCAAAAGCAAAUGAAAUACACGAACACAAUCACUCACUCUAACACUUACACUCACACUGAUUAAAUCAAAUCGUUACUAGAAGGAAGUUAAAGGCGAAGACGAAGCAGAGCGAAAAAGAAAAACCACUUCUCGAUUGUUAGGCGUGCGUAAGAAAUCCCUCAGAUAUACCAAAUAAAGGAAGAACUAGGAGUAAUUUAAGAUUCUGUGCCAUAGUAAUUUAAGAAAACGAACCUAUGUUUGGACUCGAUCAAUUGAAUUUAGUUUUUAGGGUUUUUUGUUGGUAUGUUUAUUUUGUUCUUAAUAACCCCACUAAACAAUGCAAGUGUAUGUAUGAAUGAACGAAUGUAGAUAACGAGCGAUUAGUUAGAUGAUGAUGAUGACGAUAAUGUAUUAUACAACUGAUAAUGAACCUUAGCUCUCCCACAAACCCCCCCUUAUUCCACAACACCAACAACUGAAAUGCUUUAAACUCACAAAUUAAUUGUACACAUAAUCUCGGACUCAAAGCAUUCUCUCUCAUACUCGCUGAUUUCUAUAGACCCCUUGACUUGCGUUACAUUACUUCACCAUGUACGUUACGUUGGGAAUAAGUGACAAUAGAAAAACGAAUAAUUGCUGGUGGCAAGCCAGCCGAAAAAGAAAUGCCGUUGGAGAGAAACAAAUGUAAAAUAUUAUUGUGUGCAAUGCAAAUGUAACCCCUCCCCCCAUAUGAGAUAUGUAAUGUUUUAGAUAAUUAGGGCAAUUUUUUGUAAGGAAAUGACAAAAAAAAAUUAAAAUAUAAUGCGUAACAUGAGAAAUGGACAUUUGUUAAUUGUUUUUCCGUUUAUUGUUAGGAAAUAAAACCGAAGGCAGAGGAAGAGAAGAGAAAGUGGUUUUCUUUGGAAUAAAGGAAAAUGAACUUUUUUUGGAAAUUAACAGACAGAACACACUCACACACAUACACACACAUACAAAGAUAUUUAUCAAAACUAAGAUAGGAUUUAUGGAAACUUAAAUUAAUGCUAAAAAUACUCCCCCUCCCAAAUUAAAACUCAGCUAAUACCUACAUACUUAACACCCAUGUACCACAUACACAUGCACACUUAUACGAUCAAUUUUUAUGAAAUUGAUGAAAAAACCUUGCCAUUAUGAUGAUGAUAUUCAUUUCUCUUGACUUUACAAAUCCCCGUUCUUGUAAAAUUUACUAUAUUAAAAAAAGGUGCUGUAAUCUAUAAAAGAAGAAAAAGAAUUAAACUGGCGAAAGCCACAAAUUACAACUAAUUCAACAAAAACAAAACGAAUACUCUUUCAAUGUAUUAAACAAAACAAAUCCUAUUAUUAACUUUCAUUCAACUUCUCAAAUUUAUUAUACCAAGGAAAAAAAACAAAAAAUAUUUAAGAACAUGUAUACAUACAAUACAAUAUACAAUACAUACACACAGAAAACACAGCCACACACCCACAUAU